UCAUUUAUUUGCCGCACUUCGAGGCGUUCACAUCGCGCUCGAGCUAGAAAAAAAAAUAAAAGAAAACGUCGCGUCGGCAAAGCAGUGCGAGGAAAACGCGAAAAUCCAACGCGACUAAAGUGAUUUCCAGAUACUCGUAGUAUAAACUAAAGACCCAACCAUAAACGUGACAGAACGUGCGCCAAGCAUUAGGCAUAAAUUAAUUUGCACAAUUUAUUCAAGUAAACACAUCUUCGCUUGAAGGACACUCGGCAAUAAAUUGUACAAUAGGCAAAUAUAAUUAAGGAAAAUCAGUAAUCAACUUGGCCAACCGGCAGCUGCAGUCAAAGCCAUUUAAAAAUGUCGCCGCUGCUCCCAUUGGCUUCCCUGAUCAUCUUGGCCAACUUGGCGGCAGCCCGACCCUAUUCCUACGGGCCAAGGGCAGAUGUGCCGCCCACGAGGCUGGCCAACCGGAUCGUGGUGCAGUCGCCGUCGCUGGACAAUUUGUACAUGGACUACGUGGUCACCUCCAAGCCGCUGAGCCUGCGCAAGUACAACAAGAAUGGCAGUAAGACGAAAAAAACGAAAAAGGAUUCGAAAAUCUAUUACAUACCCGUACCCCCACUGCCCUUCCGUCACAUACCCGGCAUCGGCUUGGACUAUCAGCCGAUGAAAAUCAAUCCCAUCCUCCAGGAGGCGGAGAAGGCCACCACCACGCAGACCACAACGGUGCGUCCUCCGACGACGACGACGACGUCCAGGCCCAAGCUGGACCACCGGAGUCCCAGUAAGGUGCUGCGGGUGCAGCACCACAAGGACUACUACUUCAACGGACGCCCACACCGACUGCAGGUGGCCCACGCCGGGCCAAAGUCCGAGCUGACGGCCCUCAACCUAAAGUCCAACUUCUACUACAACAAAAACAUUAUUUAUUAGUACUCUUAGUUAGCGAA